UGAUAACCACCCCCGACCCUCCCCGCCCUGUGCAUUGAUGAGUUUACGACCCGGACGACACUGGUGAGCGACUGUACAAUCUCCUGGAUGCGUUGUGUAAAUCUCUUAUGAGCUGGAGCGCUUCGAUCCGUCGUCUCCUUCGUUUCGAUCUUCCUCGUGCGGCAGCAGUAGCAUUUUCUGCGUGACCACCGUCUCUCCGCCAUGUCGGGAGCAUUGAGCAAGCGCCAGCAGGCGCGCAACGAGCAGACCCUUCAAGAACUCAUAAAGACCGUUCCGGGGAACAAUCUAUGUGCAGACUGCGGGGCAAGGAAUCCAGGAUGGGCGAGUUGGAGUUUGGGUAUAUUCCUGUGCAUGCGGUGCGCGGGGUUGCAUCGGAAGCUGGGUACACACAUCACGAAGGUCAAGUCUUUGAGCAUGGAUUCCUGGUCGACUGAACAAGUGGAGAAUAUGAAGCGUAUAGGAAACGUCAAGUCCAAUCGAAUAUACAACCCUCAAAAUACCAGACCUCCCGUUCCAUUCGACGUCGACGAGGCUGAUUCUGCCAUGGAAAGAUUCAUAAGACAAAAGUAUCAGGAGAAGUCGAUGAAAGCAGCAACACGGCAUGACACAGGAAGCUCAACCUCAGAUGACCACCCUCCACCUCUGCCCCCAAAGACUGGCAGCAGAUUUGGCUUCAGAUCGACUUCGUCCAUUUUCCCAUUAUCGUCAAAAGCCAAACGCGAAGCUGCUGCUGCUGCAGCACGGCCGGACCCACGGGAUAGGUCGCCUUCUCCUCCCAGAAGAAACAAGCCUUCCAAGUUAUUUGGUGCUGAUGUAGGAUCUCCAACCUCGGACGAUAUAGAAAUGAAGAUGGCCAGGCUUCGGAAUAUGGGGUUCAAAGACGAGAGACGAAACCUAGCAGUUUUGAAGGGGCUCAAUGGGAAUUUCGAUAAGUCUAUCGAGACCCUAGUUCGGCUUGGAGAGGGCCCGGGUUCUGCUGGCCUAGUGAAGAACUCAGGCCCCUCCUCUCGGGCACGAACGCCAACAACCCCAACGGUGGGAAUAACAAUAGAGCGCAAACAGGAGAAAAAGAGUCCACCCGCGCCAUCGACCAAUCCAUUCGAUAUGCUUGAUUUACCUCCUAGACCCGCCCUACCUCAAUCCUCUCAAUCAACUGGGUCCCUGGCUCAAUCCCAGAACCAGGCCAUGGGGAGCAACCCAUACCAGCAGAGCCAGAAUUCAAAUCCGUUUGGACGGACAAUGACACCAUCCCAGUCACAAUACAAUCUCAAUCAGGCGUUCCAAAAUAUGGCUGUUUCAUCCUCGCAGCCCCUCUUCCCACAUCACACGGGCGGGUUCCCAGGUCAACAGCAGCAGAAUCAGCAACUUUACCAGCAGCCGAUGACCCCACCAGUUCCUUCUAUACCUCAACAGUACUUCCCUUCUGCCCCCGUGAUCUACGAAAAUCCUAGUCAGCAGCCGCAGCAGAAUUACAAUCCAUUCAUGCAGCAGCAGCAGCAACAGCAGCAGCAGCAACGCCGGCCACCACCACCUCUCAAUACUAACGUCCAAUCAAAUCCAUAUACUCAACAGCAAGGGCCCUUUUCAGCGCCUCUGGGCAAUUACCAAUCAAACCCGUAUGGUCAACAACAGCAGACUCCGCAAGCGGCAAGCGCGAACCCCAAUUUCCAGUCUAAUCCAUAUUCCCAACAGCAGCAGCAGCCGCAGCAGACUCAGAAUCUUGUCCAGCCUCCGGUGAAUCAACCAUCGGCGUUUUACGGCAAUAGUACUCCACUACAGAGUACCCCACUCCAAUCCCCGCAACAGCAAAACCCAUUCCUACAGAACAAUUCGCAGCAGCAGAUGCAGCAGGCGCAACAAGCGCAGCAGGUACAGCAGCAAUUCGAUUACCAAGCGCAGCAACAAAACCUAUACCAACAACAAUUCCGGGGUCAAGUAAAUCCGUUGAUGCCUCAGCAAACUGGAAGAGCUGACAAACGGAGCAUCCUCGACUUGUAUAACUAUCCCCAAUUGGCACCUACGCCGCUCCAGCAGCAGCAACAGCAGCAGCAGCAGCAGCAGGGCCAGAGUCAGAAUGCUCAAUCGGCUCCGGCACUGGAUAUGGAGCAGCAGCAGAGAAGUGUGUCGACCCCUGUAACAACAAGCACAGCGAACAGUAGAAAUCCAUUCGCGAGUAGCGGUGGAGGUGGGGCACAGAGUUCGGGUGGUGAUACUGUCGGAGCUAUGGGGCAAUUCGCUCAGACUGGAGCAAAGAAUAUCAGCCGGGAUAGCAUGCUUAUUAAUGCUGGGGAUUGGCAGAACGGUCGGCAUUCACCAGAUGCCUGGGGGACCAUAAGUGGGAGAUCUAUGAGAUAGAAGUAAUUGAUGGAUCGUGAACAAAG